AUGAACUUCAACUUUGAGGAUGAGCUGUUCGCUGGUAUGCGCGCCGCAUUUGGUCCGGCCGACUUGGAUCCUCAGAACCUUGGCGCUGACCACGAGGAAGGUGUGAAUGCAGCUGAAGAAGAGACCCCAACUCAUGAUAGCAGUGUGAAUCUAGGUGAAAAUGAUGACAUCAACCUUGAUGGACCAUAUGGCAAGUCCCGUUGGAGUGCAUGGCAUGCUGACUGGGAUGACUACGACCCUGAUGAGAACGACGUUCCUGAGUAUGACCAAGGGGACCAGGCUGCCGAGACCUAUGGCGAUGAAGAGGCUGCAGCCCCUGAUGAUGUGGAGUACGAGUACGAUGAAGAUGAUGGUCCUGCCGCAGCCGCGGCACAUGACGAGGCUUUGGAGGCUUCACCGUCUAGUGCAACCUAUGAGGAUGUCAUCAAUGCGGUGAACGCUCUGACAGUGACGAGCAAGAGAUUGGCAGAGAUCACCAAAGGCAGGGGUUUCUUCAGUGCAGACCCCAAACAAGACGGCAAAUCCAAAGGCAAGUACAAGUCGGAUGACCGCGGGAAGAGCAAAGGCCGCGGCAAGUCAUCCAGCAAGUCGGGCGGCAAGUCGUCCAGCAAGUCCAACGGCAAGGGCAAAGGCAAGCCAAGUCCGACGCCUUCGAGACAGAAUCUCGAUCUGCAACAACAACGACUUGCCAGCUCUACAUGCCUUGGAUGUGGUAGCAACAAACACUGGCUUCGCGACUGCCCAAGUGUCAGUCGCCACAACGCCCAGCUGACCACAGCUGGAUGCGUUUUGGACGGCCAGGGCUCUAUUGUCUCUAGCUCUUGGAUGACCAGCCACCAGAUGGAAAACGUGCCGAGCUUUCAGCUGCCACCUUUGUGUGAGGGUUCGGAGGAACUGAGUGAGCAUGAUCAACUGCCCCUUCUGAGCCACCGCCUCAUGCGAAGGGACCAGAUUCCAACAUGGCUGCUGCGUUGGCGUCAGCUGCUGACCCACCUGAUGGAGUACCUCUACUCCGUGGGACAAGCGGUCCUCCACUAUGCGGCAGUGUCCAUGAAGCCGGCGAUCAAGGACAGAGCUCUUCGGCUGUUCUUUCCACCUCAGACCAGCACCACAAUGCUUUCAACGGCAACUGCGAUGUUGGUCCAGACUCACAGCCAAGAGGCAAAGUAUGUGAAUCAGCCGGAAAGCUGCCCACAUCCUUCAGGCCUGAGGUCUUACGGGGCCGGAGGACAGAAGGUCAGAAUCUGCGACCUGUGCGGGUCGAGAUGGGUGGUCAAUCCAAAGGACCCCACGACAACCGUGCAAGCAGUUCCCAAGGCAUCUCCGACGGCAAAGACUCCUUUGUUUCCGAAAGCGAAGUCAAAAGCCGCAAGCUCUUCGGCAAGUUCGGCUGGCUCACAACUGCCAUAUCGGCCCUCCUUGCGUCCGCCCUCGGGAUUGACUCGAGCGGCCAUGUCCAAAGCUGCCUCCAAAGCGGCGCCAGCCCGUCAAGUGCGGGAACCAGUGGAUCUCUCCUAUAUCUACCAGAAGUCCGCUUCGGAACUGAUGGAUGCGGAGAUCGGCAUUCUUCAUCGACGCUGGGAGGACAUUCAGGAGAGAGAUUGGAUGUCCCGGCAGUACGAUUGGGAGAACGGGGAGGCCAACUGGCAGGACGCGAUGGGCCCGGAGGAGGAUAUGCCGGACGCCACGGAAGCUUGGGGCCAAGAAGCCCAAGAAGUCCAAGAAGCGUGGGAGCAGGGCAUGGCUGGGUAG